GAGAUGGAACUGCCGUCAGUGAAAUAGGAGGAGGCCGGAGCGCGCAUACGCGCAGGCGCAGCCAGCGCCUCCCAACCAACGGCUCCUUCAGCUGCACGUGACCUUUUCCGUCAUCCCGUGCGCCCCCCCCACGCACGCGUCCGCUUGCUAGAACGCUGCGGAGGGGUGACGUUGCGCUGUUGGGCCGCGAGAGGCUGAGGAGACCCUUAUCCGAGCCGAAUCAAAGUCGCUCAGCGGCACCAACCGCUGCUUUUCGUCCCGUUGGCUGGGAGCCGAGUAGAGCGGCCUUUUGGCUUCUUGUCGGGCGAGAGAUGCGCUCGGCGUGACGUGAGUUUCUGCUCGGUCUCGGCCCCCGCUCGAGGGAGCCAUGGCUGCGCCGACCUGGCAAGAGGCUGUAGCCCAGCAGGCCGAGAUGGUGUCCGCCAGGCUGCGGGAUGUGCUGUCGGCCGGCGUGGGCCUGCUUCGCACCGAGUUGGGUCUGGAGCUACCGCCAGGCCUGGAACCGCAGCGCCUGCCCACCUGGUUACUGCUGCUCUGUACGUCCGUCUUGGCGCUAGUGCUCCUGUUGGCGCUUCUGUGGGCCGCGGCCUACGCUCGAGCAGGAGAUGCUCGCAGAAAGCGCCUCAGGAGAACAACCGAGAUGGGCGAGGAGGAGGACGACGAAGAGGACGAGGAAGAAUUGGCGAUGACACAGGGCUUGACAGGAGGAGGAGGAGGAGGCCCUAACAAGGGGGUAUCUGGGACGGCUACGAUGCUCUUGCUAAAGGGAGAUGAGCAGAAGAAGCGGAAUAAAAAGAAGCAGCUGGACAAAACGGGCAGGCUUAAUGGUCAACCUGCUCAUGAAGUUUCUGAAGAGGAAAUAAUGCUGACAGUUCGGAGGGACAACCUAAAACAGCUAUCAGAUGUCGAAAAGAAAGCUGAAAAGUCAAAGAAGAAUAAGAAGAAACCAAAGGGAGAUGCUAAAACAAUUCAGGACCAGUCACGUGUUGAUGGAAAGGAAGUUGAUGAAGGAGCUUGGGAAACAAAAAUUAGUAACAGAGAGAAACGGCAGCAGCGUAAACGUGACAAAGUACUGACUGAUGCUGGGUCAGAAUCAAAUCUACCAUCUAUGGAAAAUUCAGUUACAAUAUCUACCGAGCAACUAACAUCUGCAGCAUCCCUUUCAGUUGGUCCCAGAAAAAGCAAAGGUGAUACUGUUCUGAAUGUUCAAGUUGGUAACUCUAAAUCUGGAAAAAGUGAUGUUACUCUCCAGCAAGUUCCUUCAGGCCUAAGUGAAAGCCCCACAGUAAAUGGAGGCAACUGGAACGAAAAGCCAGUAAAACUUUCUUCUCAGAUUGGUGCAAGUGAGGAGAAAUGGACUUCGGUAUCAUCUUCAGGUAGCAAAAGGAAGAGUGAGACAUCAGCUUGGGGAAAAGAUGCUGGAGAUCAUGGAAAUGGGAAGGACUGGGGAGUGUCCCUGGUGGGCAGACCCUGGGGUGAGCGCACUUUGUUCCCUGGAAUUGCCUGGUCUGGAGUGGAUGGAAGGAUUAAUACUCCUGAACAGAGUUCUACUUCAUUCACCUCCUUGGGGCUAAAUCCUACAGUUUCUGGAACCAGCAGUGAAUCUGUUUCUCAGCCUAGUACUGCAGACUUCCAGUGGGAUUUAAAUCGUAAUCAGGCACAUAUUGAUGAUGAAUGGUCUGGGUUAAACGGGCUUUCUUCUGCUGAUCCCAGCUCUGAUUGGAAUGCCCCUGCAGAGGAAUGGGGAAACUGGGUAGAAGAAGAAAAGACUCCCACCAUUCCACAGCUUGAGGAAGUCUUAUCAGAGGCCCAAAAGGCUUCAGAUGAUGAGAAAGAAAAGGCAGAAGCAAUUCUGCAAAGUACUGCAAGUGGUAAAUCAAAGAAGAAAAAGAAGAAGAAGAAGAAGCAGGGAGAAGAGGCUAUGUCUCCUGUACAGGAUGCUGAUGACCUGGAAAGACAUGCUGGAGAAGAAUUUCCAGAAGAUACCUCAAAAGUUCAACAAGAGGAGAUAGCUUUCUCUUUAAAAACCAUCAGCACUAGUGAACAAGCUGAGCCUGAGGAGCUGCCCUCAUCUGCUGUGUCUACUGAGCCAUCUGUAACUGUAUCAGAGAGUGAAUCUGACAAGAUACCUUCCCAAGUGCCACAGAUGCUACCUGAGACAGAAGUUCCCAUUACUAAUGUUAAGCAAAACAGUGUGCCUCCGCCACAGACCAAGUCUGAAGAGAGCUGGGAGUCGCCCAAACAAAUUAAAAAGAAGAAAAAGGCCAGAAGGGAAACGUGAAUUUUCUGAGAUGGACGUGUGUUGCAGAAACACUUGUCGUGAAGAUUAUGCUGUUUAUGCAAUAAUUUGUGAACCUGUACAGAAUUUUAUAUAAAUUUCAACAGAUUUUUUUAAAAACAAACUGCUUUGAACACAAAACCAUCUUUAAGAACAAGAACUGAAGGAAAAUAAGUUAGUGACAUAAUUUAACAGGAAAUAUGACAAUACUGGAAGAUACAUUGAAGAGUCUGUAUUUCAACAUACAUUGAAGAGUCUGUAUUUCAACAUAUGGGGAAAGAAUUUUUUUUUAAAAAAACUUGUCUUUACAAUUGUGCCCUGUUUACAACAGAUUAUUUCUGUUUUAUGUCCAUUGAAGAAAAAGGAGUGGUCUUAAAAUUCAGUAAAUCAUCUUUAGUGUCACUUUGAGUGGUGUCCAUUCUGAAUUUGUUUAGCGCCUAAAUCAGAAACUCUGGUUAAAAAAAUCUGCCAUAUUUUCUAAUACUUAAUGGAAUGUGCUAAUUAUACAGUUAAUCAUAAGUUCAGAGAGGCUGGAGUCAUGUAAGCAUUUACUCUUGAAUAGUUCCCCCUGACUUGAAUGGUAGUAUUUCAAAGUAAGUAUGAGAAUUAUUAUUAAAACCAUUAAGUAAAAUUGUUUCUAUAGCAUAAGAAAUGUGGUUUAGAAUGAAAACUGUUAUGAAUUAAGAAACUGAGAAAUUUGGUCAAAACUUGAGUGUGGUUCAUGAAGUUACUUCUGAUUAGUCUUCUAUUUCAAUUAUUCAAAUAAUAUAUUUUUAGGAACAGAUGGUAUGCUCAAAAUCAUUCUCAUGUUUUAUUCCAUUUAAAGGUAAUAGGUUAGUUGUUGACCAUAAACUUUUAUUCUCAUUAAUUUUGAAGUUGUGUUUCAUUUCUCUUCCACUACCCACUUUUCUUUUUUUGAUUAAAUAUCUUUUUUAAAAAAGCUUCCAUGAACUCUUCAAAGAUGUGGUGGAGACUAAAAGAGGGAAAUAAUGGCUUCAGACAGCUUUAAUUGAUCUUGAGACCACCUGUAUCAGGAAGUGCUUUUUUAUUGCCUUAACCUAUGUAGAAUCUGCAUCUAGAGUUCUUAAAUGGGAUUAGUGUGUUUUGUAUUUUUUAAAAAAUCAUGCAAAUACAGCAAUUGUAAAACCAACUUUCCUGUUGGAAUUAUUGACUAAAAUGGGAGUUGAGCUGCAUCAUUUUCAGGCAUUGUGUAAUUGCAUCACAUCAAGCAGGCAGGAAUCUAUCUAUGAAUAGUGCAUGCUCAGCCAUGUACACUGUAUAUAGCCUUUACAAAUUGAUUGUGUGUGUUUUAAAGGACCAUAAUUAACAUAACUGGUGAACAUCUAUUAAAGAAAAGCAAUGGUUAUUUGAUGUGAUUGGCUUAUGUUUUUCAUGUGGCAGAGAAAUUGUAACAGUUGUAACCAAUGGUACUUACUCUCCCAUAAUGUCUCAUUGUAUACAUCAGAAAAUUUGGUAAAAUUUAGCUUGCAAUGCAAGAACAAUUAAAGCAACCAACUGGAUUUA